AUGCCGAAAAUCUUCCUAAUCAAGAAGCGCCUAGCGGAGCAGCAACUUGGGUUACAGGUUGGGUUGGAAUUGCUCGCUAGCAAAUCCGACCCCCUCUGCCCCGGCUUUCUUCUUGAUGAUGGACCAAUUCCACUCCUCUCUAAAAAGGACAAAGAAUGCGUCGAUCGCGAUGUCUUUGGAGAGAGCAAGAAAGAAAGAGAUAAACAUUCUAAGGAACUCAGAUUUGUGUCGUCAAUUCUCGGAGGUGAUGUUCCUUACGGCAGCCAUAGAGGGCAUGUUCUCACACAAGCAGAACGCAAACAAUAUUUGCCUGUUGUGACCGAAGAAAAGAAAUCUGAAGACAAACCUUUAAUAAAAGAAGAAAAAGAUUCCCUGGACAGUGAACCGGUAGUAUUGCCUUCUAGAAAUAGCCCCUCUCCGGAAUCGGCACCAUCACCAGGUAUUGACAAUAGUGUUACCUGCCAAAAAGUAUCAGUUAUACAAAGAACACCUUCACAAUCACAAUUUUCAAGCAAUAAAAAAGAAUUAUCGGAUGUUAGCAUUCCAAAAACGCUACCUACCGCUGAGCCUGAGCAAGAGCAACCUAUAGAUUACGCUAUUGCAAAGAAACGUGGUGAGUCAGAAGAUGAAGAGACGGAGAAAAAAAUAAGGGAACAAAGAAGAACAAGCAGUUCUAAAAUUGCUAACGGUAUCUUACCACGGCCGUCUUUAGUACUGCGUAACUGUCCAGCAAGUAAAUUACCUGGUAUCAUGACUGCCGCAGCCGGUCAUGGUAGAUCAACUGGUAAUAAUAGUUCAAGUGGUAAUGCACAAAGCAGCGGAGGAUCAAGUAAUUUUAGUUCAGGCGGUGGCAGCACAGCACCCUCUUCUGGUGGCGGUGGAGCUAUCGGAGGAGGCUCUGGGAGUGGUGGUAACGGACGUGACGGACGUUCAAACUAUGGCCCUAACAGCCCUCCUACAGGAAGUCUUCCGCCUUUCUAUGAAACUUUAGGGCCCUCUACUAAAGGGGGACAAAAUUCUUUCAAUGCAAAUGGUACAUUUGCCAACGAGUUUAAUAUUAUCAAUGGUUUCAACAUGGAUUGCGAAAACAAUGAUAAUGCUACUAAUUUUCCGGAACAAAGUAAACAAUAUUCGUUAAUGCAAAAUGCUCAUUAUGGAUUAGCGUUAAAAGAUGAAGAAAUAGACAAUUAUGAAAAUAAAUCAUUAGAAAACAUAGGCACUAUGGGUAACUAUGGAAGUAAUUUUGACGAUUCUAUGGUUGUGGACAUGGCAGAAGAUGUUAUAGACAACUACCAUUUUAGUAAUACACUAACGUUUCCUGGGCCUAAUGAAGGUAUUUUAGGUAAUCUAUCGGAUUCCGCUGACGACUUCGCUAGUUUACUAAAUAAUCAUGUAGAAUCUAUUACAGAUUCUGAUAUAAGAGAAUCAUCUUCCAUCACGCCAGAUUCAGUACAUAAUUCUGUGGAUAUCGAAACAGCAUUAGGAGCGCAACUUAAUUUAAGUAGACAAUACUAUGAAAAGAACUAUUUAUUAAACACAGAAAACAAUGGUUCAUCGUACAGUUUUGGAAAAGAAAGACCAGAUUUAUUAAUGCAGUUAAAUCCAGCUCUAUUACCUCACGGAGAAGGACAAAUGCAACAAUUACAAAUCCACGUUCAGCUUCAACAAAGGCAGCAAAUACUAUCUCCAGGUUUUCCCUUUACAAGUCAUCCUGCACUUGAUCUCGACUCACCGACCGGGACGUCACUACCAUCGCCUGGCGGCAACAACUCUCUGGAUGGGAACAGCCACAUCGAGACAGCGUCACUCAGCCCUGCUGCAGCUGUAAGUCUCAAGAAAGGCUCUGCCGAUGGCAAAAUUCAAAUCUUGCAACAAAGGUUAGGUCUACCAGCAGAACUACCCUUAGAAUUUAUAAACGGUGGGCAUGGCGUGAAAAAUCCACUAGCGACAGAAGCCAAUGCACGGCAGAGAGAAGAAGAGAAAAACAAACAAAUUUUGGUUAGCGAAGAUGAUCCCACGAAGUUUGUUUGCCGAAUCUGCUCGAAAAAUUUCAGCUUACAAAGGCUUUUAAAUAGACACAUGAAAUGUCACUCAGAUGUGAAGAGAUACCUUUGCACGUUUUGUGGUAAAGGGUUUAAUGACACAUUUGAUUUGAAAAGGCAUACAAGAACGCACACUGGUGUCAGACCUUAUAAAUGCAAUCUGUGUGAGAAAUCUUUUACCCAAAGGUGUUCAUUGGAAUCCCACUGUCUCAAAGUACACGGAGUUCAACAUACUUACGCUUACAAAGAAAGGAGAACUAAGAUGUAUGUAUGUGAAGAAUGUGGACACACAACAUCUGAACCUGAGGAGCAUUACAUGCACUUAAAAAAGCAGCACCCUUACUCUCCUGCCCUUCUGAAGUUCUACGACAAACGCCACUUCAAAUUUACAAACGCAACGUUUGCCAACCAGCUCCUUGGACAGCUGCCUAUGCCAGUACAUAACUAA